AUGCAACAUGAUCGGGUGAUUGCUUAUGCCUCGAGGCAACUCAAGAAGCAUGAGCGGAAUUAUCCAGUUCAUGAUUUGGAACUUGCUGCAGUGGUGUUUGCUUUGAAGAUUUGGCGGCACUACUUGUAUGGUGAGACGUGUCAGAUUUUCACUGAUCACAAAAGCCUUAAGUAUUUCUUUACUCAGAAGGAGCUGAAUAUGAGACAACGGCGUUGGCUGGAAUUGAUCAAAGACUAUGAUUGCACGAUUGAGUAUCACCCAGGCCGAGCUAAUGUGGUUGCAGAUGCAUUGAGUAGAAAGACCACUGCGAACUUAGCUCACAUCAGGACGGCCUAUCUUCCGUUGUUAGUGGAACUACGGAAGGAUGGAGUAGAAAUGGAGAUGACUCAACAAGGUGGAAUCCUUGCUAGCUUGCAUGUGAGACCCAUUAUGGUGGAGCGGGUAAUUGCAGGCCAGUUGGAAGAUCCUACACUCUGUAGGAUAAGGGGAGAAGUAGAAAAUGGAACACGAAAGGAUUAUGCCAUAAGGGGAGACGGAGCCUUGGUAAAAGGAGCUCGUUUAUGUGUACCUAGUAAGAAUGCUGAAUUGAAAAGAGAAAUCAUGGAGGAAGCUCACUGUUCCACUUACACUAUGCAUCCGGGUAGUACGAAGAUGUAUCGGACGCUACGGGCAUAUUACUCAUGGCCGCAUAUGAAGGGAGACAUUGCCAAAUAUGUGAGUAGAUGUUUGAUUUGUCAACAAGUGAAGGCGGAGCGACAGAAGCCAUCGGGACUCAUGCAACCACUUCCGAUUCCUGAAUGGAAGUGGGAGCGUAUUGCCAUGGAUUUUGUUUUCAAGCUUCCACGUACUUCAAAGGGUCAUGAUGGAAUUUGGGUGAUAGUGGAUAGACUCACCAAGUCUGCCCAUUUUCUACCCAUUAAGGAGACCUAUCCUUUGACAAGGUUGGCAAAACUUUUUGUGGAUGAGAUUGUGAGAUUGCAUGGAGCACCUGUGUCCAUCGUAUCGGACAGGGAUCCUAGGUUCACUUCUCGAUUCUGGAGGUGUUUACAAGAAGCUAUGGGUACUAGAUUGCAGUUUAGUACCGCUUUUCACCCACAAAACCGAUGGACAAUCGGAAAGGACUAUCCAGACUCUGGAGGACAUGUUGAGGUCCUUUAUCAUUCAAGUAUUGGGAUGGCUCCUUAUGAGGCGUUGUAUGGGAGGCAGUGCAGGACUCCCAUUUGUUGGAAUGAAGUGGGUGACAAGAAACUGGAAAAAGUGGAUAGUAUCCGAGCAACAAAUGAGAAGGUGAAGAUGAUAAAGGAGAAGUUGAAAACUGCACAAGACCGACAGAAGAGUUAUGCAGAUAACAGGUCUAAGGAUCUUGAGUUUGCAGUUGGGGAUUGGGUGUUCCUGAAAUUAUCUCCAUGGAAGGGUGUGAUGAGAUUUGGGAAACGUGGGAAGUUAAGCCCUCGGUACAUUGGACCUUAUGAGAUUACGGAGCGAAUUGGACCUGUUGCAUAUAGACUUGCAUUACCCCCAGAACUAUCUCGAGUACAUGAUGUGUUUCAUGUAUCCAUGCUCCGGAAAUACAUGCCAGACCCUUCUCAUGUAUUAGAAUAUCAACCUGUGGAGUUAGAAGAAGAUUUGUCGUAUGAGGAGCAACCAGUACAGAUCUUGGAUAGGAAAGAACAAAGGUUGCGUUCUAGAUCAAUCCCGGUAGUGAAAGUUUUGUGGAGAAGCCAAACUGUUGAAGAAGCUACUUGGGAACCCGAAGAGCAAAUGCGGGCCAAGUACCCUUAUCUCUUCCAUUGA